AUGGACGCAUGUUUGCUAGACGUGCUGGAAAGAAUCCUGCUGGACGAAUCGGGCAGGCGCAAACCGCAACUCGCCGUCCUGGACCUCGACCCGGAACACUUCAACGGAAACAAUCUUCCAGGAUUCCAGCACCGGGUCCAAAAUUUGGACAACAACGAGAGCCUCCACCAAAGGCACCAGACCUCCAACGACCCAGUCACAGUGUCCGAGCCGGCGGCAUCACCAGCCCAGGCCAGUGCCAGCAGCCAGAAGAGGCGACGAACCGUUGAUGUGGAUCCCGAUAUCUGGGACGAGGAGGACGGACCACCUCCAUCGCCUCCGCCACACCUCCUGGGCGCCAUCAUUGAUGUUCACUUCCGCACGGUGCAUCACUGGGUCCCCAUCCUUCAUGAGGCUCGGUUCCGGGCCAGGAUCCAGGAUCCGGCCGAGAGAAGCCGAUUGGCGGUGCUUCUCCAUGCGCUGGUUGCUGCCGCGAUCAAGUAUAUCGAGUUGGAUAAGAUUGGCCUUGGUCGGGAGGGUGUCGAGAGGCAGAUCAGAGUAUCCAGGAGGGUUGUGAUGCUCCAUGCCAUGCAGUCCCUGUCGGUCGAGAAUAUGCAGGCACUGAUCUUUCUCGCCUUUGACUACGUGAGCUGUCUGCUUCCUGAGCCUCCAACCUCCGGAGGGUUCUCCAUGCUUUGUCUUUCCCCUGACUUUUCUGUUGCAGAUGGGAUGCGGGCAUCCCUCCAAGGCGUGGCCCAUCAUUGGUUCCCUGACGAGGACGGUCGAGUAUCUCCAAUUAACGGUCGAACCACCAGACCUGCCAUCCGAAAAGCAGCCGCUUCUUCGCCCGCUAACGCUUCUGUCAUGGCCGCGCGAUUGGACAGAAGUUUGCUCAGUCACUUCCGGGUUCGUAUUUUGAUUGGCCCACUCAACGUGUCGUCGUCUAACACAAAGCGCAGCUGGCACACGAGCCUGACCUCGGACCACGUCCAACGACGACUUCCCUGCAGCGGAGCGCCAUGGGCGCGCGAGGAGGCGGUCUCGACACCCUUCUUCGGUAUAUGGAACAAGUCCACGGCCAAGAUCGGCAAAUCAAUAGCCAAUGUCCCGGCGCUUUACGAGUCGACCUCCAAGACUAGCGACUACAGCCCCGGUGGUGGAGGCAGCGGAGGUGAUCAGCUGGACACCUCGAACCUGGGGGCGUUUGCAUAUUGUAUCGAGGCCACCGAGAACCUCAGCCAGGUUACUUCCUUCUUCCUGCAGCAGAGCAUCGACUUUGGAGACAGGGAGCAGGUGAAAAACUGGCUAACGAGGUUCAAAGAACUCGACCUGCGGCUUGUCCAGUGA